AUGGACACCGCAACCACCACAGCGCGGCCAGAAAAGGUCCACAGCUCGAAAUGGAGAUACUGGGCCGACAAACUCGCCGUCGAGUCUGAGCCUGGCUUGACGAGAGCACAGCUGAUGCUCACGAACUAUGAUCUCAAACCAGUCGAACCAGAGAGGCGGCAAUGGGGUCCGUGGAAUUUCGUGGCAUUUUGGGUUGCCGACUCCUUCAACGUCAACACCUGGAUGAUUUCAUCGUCCAUGGUCGUCGGUGGCCUUUCAUGGUGGCAGUCGUGGCUUUGCGUCUGGCUCGGAUACGCGAUCGCCGGUGCCUUCAUCUGCUUGACUGGUCGCAUUGGUGCUGUUUACCACAUCGGUUUCCCCGUCGUCAACAGGUCCUCUUUCGGAAUCUGGGGUAGUCUGUGGCCCGUCUUCAACCGCGCUGCGAUGGCUUGCGUUUGGUACGGUGUCCAAGCCUACAUCGGAGGCAACUGUGUUUACUUGAUGAUUCGCGCAAUCUGGAAGUCUUGGGACCGUGAGACAAUCAACCCCGGCGGGUUCUCACCGAGCUCCGGCACAUCGACUGCGGAAUACGUCUCGUUCUUCCUCUUCUGGUUUUGCUCUUUGCCUGCCAUCUGGUUCCCGGUUCAUAAGAUCCGACACCUGUUCACAGUCAAGUCCUACGUGGCCCCUUGCGCCGGUAUCGCCUUCUUGAUUUGGGCCGUUGUCCGCGCUGGAGGAGUAGGUCCCAUUGUCCGUCAACCUGCGAAACUCCAAGGAAGCGAUCUUGCCUGGGAGUUUGUCAAGGGCGUCAUGUCAUCUAUCGCCAACUUCGCGACGCUCAUCGUGAACGACCCCGACUUUUCUCGUUUUGCCAGAAAGCCCCGCGAUGCUUUGUGGUCUCAGCUCAUCACUAUUCCAGUCGGUUUCGCCUUCACCUCCUUUAUCGGCAUCAUCGUUUCGUCGUCGUCUGCUGUCAUCUACGACUUGGACGAGCCGAUCUGGAAUCCCUUGUCGCUGCUCGAGAGAUUUAUCGACGACGGUGGUUCCGCUCAGAGAUUCGGAGUUUUCAUGAUCGCUACUUCGUUCGCUCUGGCCCAACUCGGUACGAACAUUGCGGCCAACUCGGUCUCUGCCGGCACGGAUAUGACAGCGCUUCUCCCUCGGUACUUGAGCAUUCGUCGUGGUGGAUACAUCUGCGCUGCAGUUGGUCUCGCCAUGUGCCCCUACACCCUGCUCACCGAUUCCAACAAGUUCACGACCUACCUGUCGGCAUACAGCGUGUUCCUCAGUUCCAUUGCCGGCGUCAUGUGCUCCGACUACUACGUCGUACGAAAGGGGUAUCUCGAGAUCAAGGAGCUCUACGAUGCGCGUAAGACGGGACCGUACUACUUCACUUACGGCAUUCAUUGGCGCGCGUAUGUUGCCUACAUUGCUGGAAUUCUCAUCAACGUGGUGGGAUUUGCCGGUGAAAUUGGCCGUGAUGUGCCUGUUGGAGCCAAGUACAUUUACAACAUCAACUUCUUCGGUGGCUUCAUCGUUUCUGGUGGCAUGUACUGGGGCCUGUGCAAGAUCUCCCCGAUCCCUGCUACCAGCGACAAAUGGAUGGAAGUCGGUGAUGAGAUUGAGGAUAUCCGGGUUGGAUACAACAACAGCAGCCAGGAUUUCGAUGAGGAGGCGGUUACUGGAUCAGCAAAGGGCAUGGAUGACACCAAGCCUCUAUGA